AGCAGACUACGUUUGAAGCCAUUUGUUUUGACAGAACGCCAUAGUGGAUUAAUGUGCGAGUUGUAUAUGUUUUGUUCAAAGACUCUGAAGUCCCUGUUUUCAUCUUCUCUCUGUAUAUGCACGUGAUUACAUAGUUUACUUUGAAGUUUCAAUAGGAUAACUAACAACCAGAUCAAAAGACUCAACCAAAGCAAAAUGAAUGACUGUGUCCUAAGAUUCGACGCCGAAAAGGCUAGAGAGGCAUGCACUGAUAUAUUGGCAGCCUUGAGCCAACCAGGAAAUGCAGAGAGAUUGGCCCGGGCUAGAGAGCUUGCUGGCACCGACAUGGUUAAAGUCAUGAGGGAGGUUUUCCCCAUAGUUACCCAGAUCCAGCUAGAGGUUAUUCAACGUUUUGGGUUUCCUGGAGAUGGUGAAGGUGCAGCGCAGUUUCUUCAAUUGGUCCGUUCGCUGGAGAAGGAGGACGGGGAAGUCGGGCGAUUAAGCGACGAACUUCGAGCCCAUUUCCUCCCACCGAUGACGGCCCCCAUCCAUUCGAUACCAACGUCAACUCCUCAGUGCAACGGUGCACCUCAGCAAUAAUUCUGUCGUUUCGUUGUUGUGUGUGUUUCUUUUUUUAAGUGCAGUAAAAGCCAAGCCAAUAGGAACAAAUGCCAUUUGAAGCCAAUUCAUUUUUAUGGAAAAACUAAUAAUGUCUCCCUCUGGAUUACACGUCGAUUGUUGUUAUUAUUCCUUUUCUCUCUCCUUGCAAUAAUAACGAAUUAUUUUCUCUC